AACAAAGAUGGCUGAAGAUAGUUUGUUGUCUCUCCUACUCUCCAUUUUGAUUCCUAUUGCAUUCAUUAUUAUCGUUAUCUUUUCUUUGAUCAAGAAUUUUCUUCCACGAAGAAAAGUUAAAGAGGCGAAAUGUGACGCUUCGAAAGAAAUACCAACAAGUCCUGACAAAGAUUUGGGCCGAAGAAGAAAGCGCGUUGGCCUACGAGGAAAUGAGCUGCACUCUAGCGCUCUUUCCACCGAUAAAAUCAUUCCUCGAAGUGUCAACUUUCACUUUACAAGACAGUGCAACUACAAAUGUGGUUUCUGCUUCCAUACCGCAAAAACUUCAUCCGUUCUACCAAUUGACGAGGCGAAACGAGGAUUAAUGAUGCUCAAAGAGGCAGGUAGGGUUUUAAUGAAAGCCAAACACAGACCUUAGGCUUGCUUCAUUAACUAAGGCAGAUCAAUGUUAAAACGAAAAAUUUGUAUUAUUCGGUCAGACGGGCUUUCCGCGAAACUGAUUCGAAUUAAUCAGUUUUCACCGGCCGAAUUUUCUGAGAAUACUUCUUGGAAGUUACGUAUUUCGCUCUGAUGAAAUUCAUAUCUAAUGAAAGAAGUAACAGAGUCACGCAAUGAAUUACGACUCAGUCUCUGGCAAAUAUGAAAGAUCUCAGGCCACAGCCAAACAAACCUAGAUAAAAUUGAAAAGGAAAAGAAAAUGAUCGGGCGUAGUGAGGAGGUGUGCUCGGUGAAACACAGCCACUUCCGUUAAAACGCUGCUUAUGUCCUUCAGAUCACACCACAAUAAGACGCACAGAUAGACUAAAAGAAAGUUACAGUUUACUGAUUAGAGGCUUUGUCCGUAGAUUGCUUUCCCACGAUCGCUUUCUGGCUCUCUUUGGUUAGCAGUUAACUAGUGAUUGAAAGAAAGAGAAAUUUAAAACCAUUUUGAGUGUUGGUGGGGUAUUCGAAAUAUGCACUAUUUAGACCUCUUGCCUGAAACCAGUUGACAAUUAUUCGCCGAAGGCGAAUUGAAUUAAAGAAUAUUUCUUGAGCACAAGGAGAACAAUUGUUUUGAUAUAACUAAUUGCUUAGGUGAAUAGUCUUCGAGAUGAAGUGAAAGGGAUCAUUCAAUAAUAUGCACUUCGCCUGAAGCAAAUAGCUGUUAAAUAGAAAAAAUUUUUGUUUCAGAGAAUUCAGAAAGCGUAUCCUUGCACCUCUUACGUUACAGAAACUGUCAAUUCAACGAGCAAUAUUAAAUUAGUCAUUGCAUUAGGUCUUAGAUUUUCAUUUUGCAUCUAAGUAACCCCAUCCCCUCCCUUUGCGUGGUCCUUGCAACUGGGCCAGCAGACUGCACAAGCUCGAAUGAAGAGGCUCUUAAAUUGCCUUUAGCAAUCUUUUUUGUGUCUCCCUGAAAGUGAGAAGAGAUGGAAUGGGAAAAGUGUUGGAUGGCACUCGGGACGACGGUCUGAAUAAAGGUCUUCCCCCUUCAUUUUGCAUUUCAGACUAUGUUCAUCUCCCGUCAGAUUCUUCUUUAAUGUUCCAUCGUAAUUUCUUUCUGGAUACCUCGAAGAAAUUAGCUCCCUUCCGAUGUUAUUUCCUCAGAUGUUAACCCCAGAUAUCUAGAAUCGUCCCUAAACAAGAGUAAAAUAUUCUGAUGCUCCUUUUCCAUUCCGUGACCUGUUGAUGUUUAUGUUCUGCUUGCUUAACCAGUAUCAGAUAUUAUUCACGCUUGAUCACAGGGGGUAAGUUUCUAAAGAAACUGUGGUGUGCGUCGGUGAAAGAGUAUAACAGGGUAAUUAAGUAUUAUCAACUGACUUGAUAUCGUAAAUUGGCCACCGUAAAGAGUUUAAAAGCUGACGUUUCGAGCGUUAACCCUUCGUCAGAGCGAAUGCUAAGGGCGAAAUCCAUUCGCUCUGACGAAGGACUGACGCUCGAAACGUCAGCUUUAAAACUUUUUAACUAAAGAGCAAAAAAAAAACGAAUUUUGACCGGGUUUGACCACAUCUUGUUGACAACAACCUUAAUUUCCAAUUUGUUUGUAUUGACCCAGAAAAGUUACGUUGAUGGACUAUUAAGUUAAAAUACAUACAUACAUACAUAUAUACAUACAUACCUGCAUGUCAAGGAUUCUGUGCUUUUCAUUCAUUUUUAGGGAUGGAAAAAAUCAACUUUUCUGGAGGAGAACCUUUUAUCUACAAACGUGGCGAAUUUGUUGGAGAACUGACGCGUUAUUGUAAGGAGGAUCUGAAGCUGCAGUCUGUCUCAAUCGUGUGCAAUGGAAGCCUCGUUACGGAACGAUGGUUUUCCAAGUAUGGUAAGAAACACCCUAAGCAAAGUCGAAAUUUCAACGACUGCCCUCCAAAGGCUAGAGGAUGUUUUAGCGCAACAACAAAACUAUCAACAAAUUUGGCAAAUGAUAAGGUUAUCGUAAAUACUGACGUUUGAUUGGUUGAAAGGACAGCAUUUUCUUUUAGGGAAAUGCGUCACAAAGUUGUAAAAGUUGCAUCGAGGACUUCAAGAGGAAUCAAGAUUCAAAAUUGAAAAUUCGCGCCAAAUAUCGACAAACUUUAGCUAAAAUUUACCUUUUCAACCUGUCUAUUUCGUUAUUAAUUUCACCUCAAUAGAGGUAUCCUAGAGGUUCAUCCUUUCAUCCACUUCAAAGCUCGAAGUUGUUCAUUCACGCACAUAUGUUAUAGGGUUCGUGCGCAGCGAGGUCUUACAAGGGGUAUGUAACAUAAUGAAAAAGCUGAAAAUUUAAAAUCAUUUCAAACUUUAUACCGUUGUGGCUUUUAUAAAAAACUUCGAUGCAACGAAAUCAACUAAUACUCGAUUAAAUUGCGACUGGAAUUAAAGACUUGGAACCAGCCAAACAGUGUUUAGGAAGCGUGCUCCGAAUUGCAGUCAAAUUGAUUAAAGAAAACUUGACAGCCUGCGAAGCACGAAAACACCUUUUAUCAAUACACUGCGGUGUUUUAUGAGGAUUUCCAGCCCUGAGAAAGCCGCAACUGCAUUCAUGUAAAAUUACGGUAAUUUGUACGUGAAAAUGAUUUCUAAAACCUGCUGCUGACUCGUCACUCGCCUUUCACACCACUCUCUCUUGUUGAUGGAUGAAUGGCAAAGUGUUCAGGUCUAUGGCGGUUAUACAAUUAACAAAAUGAUAUAUGGUACAUGAUACAUGAUACUCGAUAUCGCACCCGUCCGCGGCGCUCAUCAGUUUGUAAAAAUAUCGAGCUGAAUACUUGAGGGAAAAUUCCAUAUCUACGCUUGUCCACAUAUUUUCUCUAUUUAUUGAUCUAAGUAAAAUUUUUCUAUUUGUCAUUAUGCAACGUUUGCAGGAGAAUUUCUGGAUAUAAUGGCUGUGUCGUGUGACAGUUUUGACGAGGAGAAAAAUCGUCAGAUUGGACGUCAUCAGUCUGGGAAGGGAAACCUGAAGUGUUUACAGAAUAUACGUGAUUGGUGCAAACAGUACCACGUGGCUUUCAAGAUCAACACGGUGGUUAACACGUUUAACGUUGACGAGGAUAUGACCGAGCGCAUCGAGGAACUCGCCCCAAUUCGUUGGAAGGUUUGGAUCAGUAAUGAUUUCGCGUAAUUUAUUUAGGGCGUUAUUCCUAUUACCCUAUUUGGAUGUGUAACAUCAUACAGUGGAACCUGCAUUAAGCGGUCAACCACGGGGAAUGGUGGGGUGACCGCUCAACAUAAGUUCCACAGAAUAAGGGUAUUGUAAAAGAAAGGGUAACAAAUAGAGGUGACCUCUUAGUAGAGGAUAAAAUUACAAUGAUUAAGGGGAAGAAUUUCGAAACUUUGACGACUGACCGCUUAAUACGGUACCGCUUGGUUCCACUGUUUACCAGUCAAGCCUCAGAGCAAAGCUCGAGUAGGUUAGCUUUUCACCGUACUUCUAUUUAUUACAUUUUUAAAGCAAUUCAAGCACUGAUCAUUACUUACGUAGAAUGAGGGGACAGAAGAAACCAGUAAAAAAAAACUUGGAGAUCAUGGGAUUUUUCGUAAAAUUUAGGAAAUUGAUUAAGAAUGGAAGUGAUAUAUUUCGCUCUAAUGAAAUCCAUAUCUAAUGAAGUAACCGAGUCAUGCAAUAACCUACGACUCAAUCUCUGGCAAAUAUGAACGAUCUCAGGCCACAGCCAAACAAACCUGAAUAAGAUUGAAAAGGAGAAGAAAAUGAUCGGGCGUAGUAGGGAGGUAGGCUCGGAGAGACGGAGCCAGUUGCUGUUAAAACACUGCCCAAGUCCUUCAGAUUACACCAUAAUAAGACGCACAGAUAGACGAGAAGGGAGUCUUAGUCUGUAAUUUUCUUUCUGGCUCUCUUUGGUUAGCAGUUAACUGGUGAUCAGUUGAAAGAAAGAAAAAUCCAAAACCAUUUUGAGUGUUGGUGGGGUAUUCGAAAUAUACACUAUUUAGACCUCUUGCCUAAAACCAGUUGACAAUUAUUCGCCAAAGGCGAAUUGGAUUUCAUGUUAUAAUAUUCCUUGAGCACAAUGAGAACAAUUCUUUUGAUUUAACUGAUUGCUCAAGUGAAUAAUCUCAGAUAUGAUAUGGAGGGGAUUAUUCAACGAUAUGCACUUCGCUUGAGGCGAAUAGUCGAGAAAUGGUAUAAUUUUUGUUUCAGAGAAUUCAGAAAGCGUAUCCUCGCACUUCUUACAUCACAGGAACUGUCAAUUUAAUGAGCAAUAGUAAAUUUGCCAUUGCAUUGGGUCUUCAACUUAGAGAACUCUACUAUUCGAUCCGGUUAUCUCUAACCGACGAUGAAUUAACUUCUUUAUAAAUUCACAUAACUGUUAUGAAGUAUAUACAGUUAUACAUUCCUUGAAAAUAAUGAUGAUGACGAUAGCGAAUGUGGUUUAGAAUUAAUGAUGACACAACUUUUUGGUAACCUAAGAAUGACACUAAACAAUUGAUUACUGUAAAAACAUUACACUACUUAACUAAAGCCGUGGAAAACAUUGUAAAAAAGGUAGUUUCAUGAAAGAUUGUCAGCCAUCUGAGAACUGAUUUAUAAUAAUUGUUCCACCAAAAAAAACCAACUGAAUUUAUUUCCGCUACUCAGGUUUUCCAGUGUCUGCUCAUCGAGGGAGAAAACUGUGGUACAGAUGCGUUGCGACAAGCACAAAAGUUUGUAAUUUCUGAUGAUGAAUUCAAUCAUUUUGUUGAAAGACACUCCAAGUUAAGUUGUCUUGUUCCUGAAUCAAAUGAAAAGGUAAACGAAUCGAGUGAUUUCUCUUUUAGCAUUCCUAACAAUGUUUUGUACAAAGCUACUCACCUUCAUUAUUAAACCCUUAUUAUUUUUCUUAUAAUUUUUGAUAAAGAAAGUUCCACGAUGGCUUUCCUUGUUAUAUCUGUAGAAGUGAGCAGUUGCCCCUUCAACUUUCAGUUUACACCUCAACAUUGGUGUCCAUGUUCUCCACAUUAUUCUCUUUACUUUCCUAUGGAACUGACGAGGAGAAUUUGUUUGACAAUCACGAGCUUCUUAAACUACUGAUCAUUUCCUUUAUUCUCAUGACCUUUGCAUUUGACUGAAGGCUGAUACUGUAAGGAGAAAUUAGAGGCCAGUCACUCUCGCAGUUGAACAAACAUCCUCAUGAUAUCUUCUCUUAACAAAGGGUAAACAAAAGAACUGCUCUGCCUUUAGAAGAACCAACUUAAAGCAAUCUUUGCUAACUUUUCUUCAUCCGUUUUUAUUUUUAUAGAUGCAGAAUUCGUAUCUCAUUCUAGACGAGUUUGUAAGUAUUUUCAAAAACGAUCGUUAAACCUUUACACCCUAAUCUCAGUCUACAUAUUCUCCAUACUGUUCUUUAUACGUUACCUAAGGUGCUGACAAGGAGAAUUUAUUUUAAAACCUAGAGCUUCUUAACUUAAGGAUCAUAUCCUGUAUUUUCGUUACUUUAAUGUUUGAAUCAGGGGUGAAAUUUUAGGAGAAAUUAGAAGCUCGUCAUUCUUCGUGGUCAAAGGAUAAAGAAAAAGAGAUCUUCAGAUCUUCAGGGAGCGAAAGGGUUAAGAACUGUUCUGAUUCUUGGAAAUUAUACAAAGAAAUAAUUCGAAAAGAAUUCUGGGUGAAUUAAUUAGCCACAUAUUGCGAGAGAGAGAUACGUCUUCGACGCAGAAUUGAAGGAGGAAUUUUUAACCUCUGGUCCUAUUCUUCACUUAGAUGCGUUUCCUGGACUGUAGAUCUGGCGCAAAAACUCCAUCCAAAUCUCUGCUAGAUGUGGGAGUUGAAGACGCCAUAAAUGCAAGUGGAUUUGAUGAACAGAUGUUCUUCAGACGAGGAGGAAAAUACACGUGGAGUAAGGCGGACAUGAAUCUGGAAUGGUAGCCUGAUGUAACACUGCGGUCAAACGUCGGGCGUGCGCGAGGGUAUCGAUUGUAGCUGGCCGCGCGCCAAUUUCCUGCCCAAAAGUUCACUGGAAAACAUAAGAAACAGCCACCAUCGCGCAAAAUAAAAUGACGGAAAAUUGAAACGUUCAUAGAAAUCUCUGAAAAGAAACAGAAUUAGGAAAAGGGAAAACUCGACACUUCUCGAAAGCUGAUUCAAGGGUAUCUUGUUGAUUUACCAAAUCGCGCAGCUAAUUACAGCAGAAGCGCUUAAUUUCGAAUAAAAUUGUUGAUAAAACAAAGGGGAAAAUAAAUUGACUUUUAAGUUCAUACCCCGAACGAUUUAAGAGGGAUGCAUUCCUUGGUCUCUCCGUCCAAUCUACAAGCAUAUAACCUUGCUGUUGUGAAAAAUUAUAUUUAAACUGUUUUUGAUAUAUUGCAUUUAUGAAAAGAACAUUUGGAAAAUUUUUGUACAGCUCUUUCCGAGGUACUCGGACCUAACUUUGCGUCCGAGAAAUAAUAUGAAAAAGUUACUUUAGUAUACUUAAUUAGCUAAGCUGCACCUCCUGAUCAAUGCGAAGAGCUGUUUCCAGACUUAACACUGUAUCACAUGCCUUAAGACAUGUUUAUUAAUGGUCACUAACUUUCAUUUUCAUGGUGCUAGAUUUUAAGUACUCAAAGAUCGAUUUAAUCAACUUCUUUGAAGAAUGAAAUAUUUGAAAUUGUGUUUAACGAGACGGCUUUUGAGUGAAUGGCGUAUUAGAUCAUUUUGAAACGUUCGGUGUAAUCGCGUGCAUUCUUUUUAUUCGCGAUUUAUUAAAUUUCAAUGGAAAAAUUUCUGACGCUUGAAGAAUUUCAAAAUAAAUUCGAAAUUAAGGUCAAUUAUUUGCAUUAUUUUCAAUCAAUUGCUGCCAUUCUUUAGAUCUGAAAAGAAAGGCUCUUAAUUCUCCUGUCCCUGAUCUACUCAGUGAACCGUCAGAAUACUUUCAGUUUGAAGAUAGUACAAUAUUUUUAACUACAUUUCGCUGUAAAAAUUAUUAUAAAAUGUUUAUUGAAUGACUUGAUACUGAACCCUCUGCAAUUAGGUCUUGGAAGAAACAUUUUACAGAACUUCCUAAUUGGAGCAACUGUUUUGUGGAUAUAUAUAUAAGUCUUCGAAAGAUAAUAAACGCAGAGAAUUCUCUUUUAAAGUUACGCACAGAAUAAUUCCUACCAAGAAAGAACUGAUGAAAUAUAAAUUGGCCUCUGAUGACAAGUGCCCUCUAUGUCUUAAUCCAGGCUCAAUUGAACACACUUACAUUGUCAAGAAUCAACUGAUUUCUUUACAUAAACAUUAGGAUGGUUUAAUGAUUUUCACAAGACUAAGAUAAAACUCUCAAAUAGACAAAUUGUACUCAAUACGUUUGAAGACUCCUCUCCAUUGGAAUCAUCAAAUCCUCUUAAAAGUAGACCACGUCUUCUGUUUUUAUCGCAAAAGAAAUAUUUGUGCACCUGCAAGGGCAUUACAAGAAACCAAAUUUAGAUUAAUUCGUAAGAAAGUUAUUUGAACAGCACCAUAUUGAAAAUGGUGGCAAAUCUUAUUAACUUACAUGUGGCAACUGACAAG